AUGGAGAAUGGGCUCAUCUGCUUUCAAUUCAAACAUCUGAAGUCGAUAGAGUGGAUCUUAUCCCGUGGCCCAUGGCACCUUGGAGGCAAACCUAUGCUCCUCCGCAAAUGGACUCCAGGUAUAGUUCCUGAAUCCUUUGUCUUUGAUUCAGUUCAUGUUUUGAUAAAGUUAGGGAGGAUUCCGUUGGAGCUAUGGACGGAUGCUGGUUUGGCUGUGGUAGCGAGUGCAAUAGGAAAACCUCUUUCAGUUGAUCUUGCUACUAAAGAGAGGCGUCGUCUUUCUUAUGCCCGUAUAUGUGUGGAAUUGAAUGUGGACAGUAUUAUGCCUGCCGAAGUAACAGUCAACCUUAGAGGAGAGGAAUUUAUUGUAACUGUCACUUAUGAGUGGAAACCGAAAAAAUGUAACUUGUGUCGAUCUUUUGGACACUCGCAGAACACCUGCCCUAAGAAAAGAGGCAAUGAAGAUAGUAAAAAGGAAGCUGCAAGUAAAGAGGUUCCUGUUAAAGAGGUUGUUCCUACUAAAGAGGUGGUUCCAAUUUGUGGGGAGUAUGAAGAUGUUGUGUUGGAAUCCUUCCAACACAUGGAAGAAGGAGAAAUUAUUACCCAUAAACUGCCUGAAAAGGUGGAGGUAAAUUGGGAGGAAUUUACCCCAGUUGACAGGAAAAAUAGGGGAAUGAUCUCUAUUUGGGACAGAGGGAAAAGGGCGGAAGUGAGUAUCACUAACUCCUUUAACAACCUCAUGGAGGUGGAUAAAGGAGAUAAAUGGCCUUUAUCUAUAGUGGAUGCCUCCCCUCCUCCCUUACGAGUAGAUGACUCUUCUAUGGUCCUUUUGAGUACUGCAGGUGAUGUAAUUCCUAUGGGAGAGGCGGCUCCCAUACGACCUCAUGAUUUGAUCUCUGGGGAGAAGGUAGAGGUUCUGUGUGUGUAUGCCUAUAAUAGUAACAUCGAGAGACGUGUUUUAUGGAGGCAAAUGGCUGAGAUCUCUGCUGGUUGGAGAGGACCGGGUAUGGUCUUGGGUGAUUUUAACACCAUCAGACUCCAGUCUGAAGCAUUCGGGGGUGCUCCGAACGUGGGGAUAUGGAGGAGUUUGACAUGGCUAUUCGAGAGGCGGACCUUGUUGAACGCGGUCCAGGGGAACUGGUUUACUUGGACUAGUAAGAUACAUGGGUCGGGUUUGAUGAAGAGACUUGAUCGUAUCCUAGUGAAUGAUGAGGGGCUUAGUACAUGGCCUAACAUGAGGGUUAACGUCCUCCCGUGGGCGUCCUUUAUGGAUGUUGUGUCCUCUGCUUGGACCAAAGAUACUAGAGUUUCUCCAAUUGUGAAUAUUGUGAGGAACUUAAGAAAUCUCAAGUCGAUUCUUCGCAGACAUUUUGGUAGGCAUAUCCGGACCAUCAGUGAGGAUGUUCGUCUUGCCAAUGAUACCAUGGACCGAGCUGAAAGAGAGAUGGAGACGAACUCUCUGUCGGAGGAGGCGAGUAAUCACGCGAGCUUAGCCACGAGCAGCAAUGCUUUGAGAUCAGUUAUUGACCCAGAUGGAAAUCGGUUGACUAACCAUGAUCAGGUGACUCAGGUGGUAGUGAAUUAUUUCAAAGAUAGUCUGGGUUCUCAGAAUAUUAGCUAUGGAGAGCUCUCUACUAGUAUUGAGGAGAUUGUUCAGUUUAGAUGGACUGAGGAGUGUUGUCAGGCCCUCCAGUCGCCUAUUGGCAGGGAAGUGAGACGUGUUCUGUUCUCCAUGGAUGGUGGAAAGGCUCCAGGCCCUGAUGGGUAUUCAGUUGGCUUCUUCAAAGGAGCUUGGACGGUGGUUGGAGAGGGUUUCUGUGAUGUCGUCUUACACUUCUUUGAGACCAAUUACUUCCCUCAAGGGGUGAAUACGACUGCUAUUACACUUAUUCCUAAAAGGAAUGGUGCUGAUCGAUUGGAGGAUUUCAGCCCUAUAUCUUGUUGCAGCGUUAUUUAUAAGUGCAUUUCAAGAAUAUUGGCAGAUAGGCUUCGUGUGUGGCUUCCUUCUUUUGUUAGUGGAAAUCAGCCAGCUUUCAUCCCUGGGAGGAGUAUUAUUGACAAUAUUCUUCUUUGUCAGGAGCUUGUAGGGGCAUACCAUUUGCACAGAGGUAAACCUCGGUGCACUAUGAAGGUUGACCUCCAAAAAGCUUAUGAUUAUGUUAAUUGGGAUUUCCUCUUUGGCCUGCUGAUUGCCAUAGGUACGCCUUUAAGAUUUUUCGAAAGCUCUCGGCUUGCUGCUAACAUGGGUUUUUCCAUUGGUCAUCUCCCUGUUCGUUAUCUUGGGCUUCCUCUCCUCUCUAGAAGAUUGCGGAGCUCUGAUUGUGAUCCCCUUAUUCAGCGUAUUACCAGUCGUAUUCGGUCUUGGUCUGCUAGAGUGUUAUCUUUUGCAGGUAGACUUCAGCUUGUUCGCUCAGUCCUUAGGAGCCUUCAGGUUUAUUGGGCUAGUGUGUUCAUGCUUCCUAUGAAAGUCCACAGAGACGUUGAUAAGAUCUUGAGGGCUUAUUUGUGGAGAGUUUAUGGGUUGCUUGGGUGGAAUCUUAUAUCCUUAAAGGGAGAUCGCUCUGGAGAUCGAUGCUGGGGUGGUCGAUCUUGGUGCUUUAGGGAAAUCUUGCGUAAGCGGGAUAUCCUUAAAGCUCAUGUUAAGAUGGAGGUGGGCAAUGGAAGGAAGUGUAGAGUGUGGUUGGUUCCAUGGAUUCAGGGUGGGCCGAUUAUCCAGCAGUUUGGGAGAGGGUGA